UUGGCGUCCUAGCAACGCCGUUACUAAGGAGCGGCUCGUUGUCCGAAACAUGGAUGCUACCUCGGCCCCGCACCGCAUCCCCCCAGAAAUGCCUCAGUACGGGGAAGACUACCACAUCUUCGAGAUGAUGCAGAGCAUGCUGGAGCAGCUCCUGAUUCACCAGCCAGAGGACCCCAUCAGCUUCAUGAUCAGUCACCUUCGCAGGAACAACGAUAAUGUGCCGAGAGUUGUGAUAUUAGGUCCGCCUGCCUCAGGGAAAACCACCAUCGCGAUGUGGCUCUGCAAACAUCUGAACAGCAACCUCAUCACCAAGGAGAACUUAUUAGAGAGAGAGUUUUCCCUCCUGUCUCUGGAAGCCAAGAAACACUACCAGGUUUACAAGAGAGUGCCCAAUUCGACUCUUGUCAGCCUGGUCCAGGAGCGUCUGAAUGAGGAUGACUGCCUCAGAAGGGGCUGGAUCCUGGAUGGCAUCCCCGAGAGGCGGGAGCAGGCUCUGAUGAUCCAGACCCUGGGACUGGCACCCAAGCACGUCAUCGUGCUUAGCGCUCCAGACUCCGUCCUGAUCGAGAGAAAUGUGGGGAAACGGAUUGAUCCUGUCACUGGAGAGAUCUAUCACACCACCUUCGACUGGCCCCCUGAGCUUGAAAUACAGAACAGGCUGAUACAGCCAGAAGGCAUCUCGGAGAUAGACACAGCGAAGAAGCUGCUGGAAUACCACAGGCACAUCAUCAGGAUUCUUCCUUCCUACCCUAAAAUCCUGAAAACUAUCAGCUCAGACCAGCCAUGUGUGGAUGUCUUCUACCAGGCUCUGACCUACGUCCAAUCUGGCCACCGAUGUAAUGCCCCGUUCACCCCCAAGGUGCUGCUGUGUGGGCCAAUGGGCUGUGGGAAGAAACUGCAGGCUGCCCUUCUGUCCCAGAAAUAUGGCCUCGUGAACAUCAGCUGCGGGCAGCUGCUGAAGGAAGCUAUGGCAGCCGAAUCGAGCCUUGGGGACCUCAUAGAACCAUUCUUUGAAAAGAGGAUGACAGUUCCAGACAGUAUCAUCACCAGAGUUCUGACUGAGCGUCUGAAGCAACAAGAUUGCAUCCAGAAAGGGUGGGUGCUGCACGGCUUCCCAAGAGACCUGGACCAGGCCCGGCUGCUGAACUCUAUGGGCUACAGUCCCAACAGAUCCGGAAUGUCAAACAGUUUUCUGGGAAGCUUUACUGAGGCAGGAGGAGCCACCUAGAAGCCCACAGCCCCAUCCGGUGGACAGGUGAUGCAGACGGAAUGCAAAUAGGAAAGUGAGCAGAGCCAGUGUUCACUGCUCUCUGCUCACUGACGAUGGAUGCCUCGUGACAAGCUGCUACAUGAUUCUGCCUCCAGGGCUUCCCUACCAGGAUUGGCUGUAUCCUUAGACAGUGAGCCGAAAUAAAUACUCUUUCCUUAAGUUACUUCUAACCAGGUGUAGGGUCAUAGAGAGAAGACUGGUUGGUACAAUUUUCCAAGUGCAUGUGGCAUUUGGAGAGAAAGAAAUGGCCUUCUGGACGUUGCAUCAGCAACUGCUAAACCUCAGGGCCAGGAAUUGCCCCUCUGCCCAGCUUCAAGGCCCCGUCUCUUCUCUGGCAAAGCCAGCUCAUUCUCCCCCCCCCCCCAUGGAUUCCAGGCUCUCAUUAGAGGUCCAGUGCCUUGCGUUCAGUCAGAACCAGGUUGGCCCAAGAUAGCUAGAAGACAUCUGGGAAGAUAAACAGGCCUUUUGCAAGGCAGAAGUCAGAUCAAAGCAAUCUCCUGCCUCAGGUGGAGACUGACAGGUGACCUUUAACAGAAUGGAGCCCAAGGUAGUUGGCAUUUGAGUGGCGCCAUGAUGGAGAUGCCCCCAUUUGAGACAGACAUGACGCUCAACCGUUAACUUAAAUUCAUUUCCUGGAGACGGGCAAGCACCUAGCAAUAUCAGCCGACUUGGGGAAAUGGUGUUUGUUUUUCUUUAUUCAGAGGAGACUCAGGAGACGUCAGUGUAGACUUCAAUUUCCAGCUUCCUCAGAGGUAUUAAAUAAAGUGCUGAUCUGCUGAACCCAGCCUCCAGCGGGAAAGCCGAGGCCCCUGCCAGAUGAGGCAUCACACGGUGGGCAGUGCAAGGCCGUCCUGCCUAAAUAUCAGCUAAACCAUUUAAUAUCAAAAACUCUAAGAUAGUCUCCCACAAAUAAAAGUGCAGCUUCACUGUGCAACUCCAGACGCCUGGUGGCUCCAGAGCUGCCUGCCCCCGGCUGGCUCUCAGUCAGAGCUUCCACUGGGUCCUCAGUAUGACACCUCUGCUUUUGCCCUAGGCCUCUGCCCUUGGGGAGGGUAUUCCAGAAACAGAGACAGGGCCACAUGCCAAAGGCAUUCCAGGCAGGAGAGAAGUCCAGGCGCUCCUUCCCACCCCACCCCGACUCCCAUUUUGUCCUGUCCCGCCUACUUCCAGUUCCCUAAACAUGGCAUUUCUUCUUUCAGAGCCCUGUGGGGUUUCACAGAUAUCCUGUGUUUCCUAAAGGUCUAGCUCAAACACUGCCCCCUGUAGGAAAGCCUGCUGCGGUCUCUCUAAGCUCCACAGAAGCGCAGAACUACACACACUGUUGUUGGUGUGACAGGUCAGUGGUCACGCCGUGGAAUGCUUGCGUGGCAUACCCCACUUGAGUUCUCAGGACACAAAGGGAGAGGGAACCUAGUACUCGUUGCCGUCAUGCGUCUCACCUUCGGGCUGGAGUGAGGAAGGCUAUCAACAGCCAGCAUGCACUCGACGUACCAGGUUCUGUAGAGAACAAGGGGAGAGGAAGCGGGAAGGGAGUAAAAGGGAACGUAUUGGCUGGAAGGUGGCCAGGGAAGGCCUUUGUGACACUGAACAGAGGUUUGCUGCAGUUAGACAGGUGUAUGGUGAGAUCUGCCUUCUCUGCGUGUUAUUGUGUUGGGGGAUUGAACCCGGGGCCUUAUGCAUGCUAGCCAAGUCUCUACCACUGAGGUCCCAGCCCCAGCCCCCCUGUUUUAAUAGGAGAAGUCAGGUCAGCUGUGGUAUCUCAUGCCUGUAAACUCAACACUAAGGAGUCAGAGGCAAUAGGAUUGCUUCAAGUUCCUGCUCAGCUUGGCUUACACAGCAGGCACAGACCUCUCUCCUUGGCUUUAGACUCUUCUAGCAAUGUCCUCACAUGAUCAUCCGCCUGAGCACAUGGGGCCCCAGGUGUCUUGGAAUGUCUGGGUCCCCUCUUACAGGACCACACAGAGCAUGCUGGCUCAGCCUCUAAUUGCCGAGAGUAUCUGAGUCACACUCCAAAGCCCUAUCUCUCUGACAUAGUUGCCCUCUGAAGCACCAAGAGCAGGAGUUGCUCGUAUUAAUCUCAGGGGAAUAGGUCAGCAUGUACUGAACACCCAGGGGCUCAGGUUAGCAUGUGCGGAACACCCAGGGGCUCAGGUUAGCAUGUGCGGAACACCGGGAGGGAUCUAGGUAAGUCGAGCUGGGUGGGGUGGAGAUAUUGGACCUCCAGCUCAUGCAUGCUCAGUACGGUAGUGUCCCUGGGGUUCUAGAAGGAACUCCAGCCUUGCUUAUUUCUUUGGUGGUUCCAAAUGUGACAUGGAUGGACAGUGGUUGUUCAUAUGGAGCAGUAGAAGGCUGAGAGCUUGAGGGAAUUUUGGUCAGAAUGUUCUAGAUAGAUGGAGAUUCACACCAACCAACUUUCUUCACAGUGUUUCCAAGCUUAGCUCUUCCCUUUCUGAGAAGCCCUUGGUAUACCCCUUAGGGCUGAUUUGGGGGUUUUAUUGACUGCUUCCUGUGAGGCUUUUGCUCUUCACCCUGAGUUAUCUCUCACUAUCCAGAUGAGAUACAGGAAGCCUCCUCCAGCUCAGCCCUGCCGGCUCGGAGAGGAGUUCUAACAUUGCUCACCCCAUUUGACCCUGGCUCAUUUGGUGUUUGUUUCUAGAGCCCAGGGGCUAGGGGCCUUGGUCCUUCAGUAUUUGUGAGGUGACUGGCAAUCUAGGACCCUGUUAUUGCUCUCGGCCUAAACCCAUGGAGCCCCCGUACAUUCCCCAGCUUGUUCACCAGACCCCCACACUUUGUCAGAGCUUGAAGCAGACAGUCACCUGAUGGUAACACAACCAGUCUGGAAAGUUAUCACUUGUGCCUAUUCCUGGGUUACAAGCGGGUGUUGGUGGGAGAGACCGCCCAACCUCCCAAUCCCUCUCUGCUGCUUUGUCACUGUAGGCCCAAGACACUGGGCUGUCUUUUCUCACUGCAUGGAGUAAGGAAAGCCACACCCACAAGUGCCCUCCUCACGGCCCUGAAGAGGAGAUGGAAGCUCAGAGAGCUGAAGCCGGUCCCCUGAGCUAUUUACUGGUGGUUUGGGAUAGGCCUCCUGCCCCAGCUAAGGCUUGGCACUGGCCUCAGUUGUUUUUGCUUUUGCUGUAAAAUGCCAUAUUCUACAGGUGAGGGCAGAGCUGCCCACCAGCCUUCCCAAGACCUUGUUUGCUUCCUGCCCAGCCUUAUGGCGGGCCAUGGUGUUGGAUGGCGUUUUCCCUGGUAUUUCUCCGUUGGUUGUUUUAGCUUUGUGCCAGAUGUGGCACCAGGCAAGAGGCUCUGGGAGGGCCGCCCUCCCUCCCUCAACAAUAAUUAGCCUUGUAAGACUAAUGGAGGAGCUCGUGUCUAAUUACCCCAUUGAAGGCCCAAUUAUGCGAUUAGCUAUAAGCUAAUGAUGAAAAGAGCCUCUCAUUUGCAUAGCAUUAAGUUAAUUGCACCAUAAGCGGAAGGGUCGGGGUGGGUGAUGACGGCAGGAUUGUGUUUCUGAAAGGCUCCUAAUGACCAGCGAGGACUGUCCGCUGACAGCUUUAUUAAUUAACAGAGAUCUGGUUACAGGCUGGAGUGGCAAGUGGUAGGCAGUGUAGAGGCUGGGCUUCUCAGAAAGUAAGAGAUGGGGAUGGUGGGGGCCUUGCUGCUGGUUCUGAGGCUCAGCCCCCGCCAGGCCAGAAGCAAGCUCGCUGGCACCUGCACGGACUGUUCCGGAGAAGUCUUCACGUUCUUUCCGGUUCUUUCCGGCCCUUCUAACGGAGCUUCCUGCUCACUCUGGCUGCUCACUCUCACCUGCUGCCUGACCUUCAUUUACUGUUUCUACGUGAGCCAUGCUGGGACCCAGCACCACCUGUGGUCCCUGCCCAGGGAGCGUCCCACUGACUCUGGAGUCAGCACGAAGUCAGCCCGGUUGCUCACGGCUGCCAGAGAGAUUUUCAGUGGAUAAUCUUGAGAGCGCCUAAAUAAAUAAAUAAAUAAAUAAAUAAAUAAAUAAAUAAAUAGCAAGUUUCCUAAAAACUCGGGUGGGUGGGGCUAGAGCUCAAAACCAUACUCCAGGGAGCAGCAAGCAGGGCUCUGCUGUCUUGUGAUUUUGAUGCCUCCUCCCAGGAGGUUGACCACCAUGAAGUCCCACUGCCCACUAUUUUCAUUUUGCCUGCCACCUGCCCCCUAGCCUCAGGGACUCCAUCUUGGUCACUGUUUGGUGAGUGAGCCAUGAAGCCAGUUGGACGAGUUCACCUGGGCCAUGACCUAGUUGCUUCCCGGAGCUGCAAAACAACAACUUUGAACAAAGAGUCCUUGGUCCUUGCAUCCAGCUUGCUUCUUCGUCUACAAAAUACUGUCGCCCUAUCUGUACCUGGAACCGUACCUCCCUAAGCACCAGGAAGUCUUACACUGUCCGUGUGUGUUAGGGGGCAUCCACACGCCCUCUGUUGGCAGAGGGCUCAGUUUUCUGUUUCCUAUGAUGAGAGUGUAUUUGGUUUAGGCUUCUUAGGAAGAAUUCACAGAAACAGGAUUGCAGUGCCAAUUCCAAAGCUAAUUACUCUUUUAGCUGGAAGGGUCAGGGCUGGAGAGCUGGCUCGAUGGUCAUGAGUGCCUGCUGCUCUUGCACAGGAUGGGAGCACAAGUCCUAGCACACACAUGGUGGCUCACAACCAUCUGCCACUCCAAUUCCAAGGGAAUCUGAUGCCCUCUCCUGGCAUGUGUGUGAUGCACAUAAACUCAUGCAGGCACACACACAGACAUAUAAAUAAAAAUAAUAUAAAUGGAUCUUUAAUUGAAAGGCUGGGGAUUCAUUGAAAAGGAAAUCUUAAGAGAAUAACUGAAAAUUAAUGGUUUUUUUUUUUGAAAGAGGGUUUUUCUGUGUAGUCUGGAAUGUCCUAGAAUUCCCUCUGUAAACCAGAAUGGCCUUGACCUCACAGAGAUCUGCCUCCCAAGUGCUGGCAUUAAAGACAUCAGCCACCACUGCCCAGCAAAAAUUCCUGAUUUUAAACAUUUAAGCUCCUGAGGUAAUAACUCCAAAAAGUGCUCUAAGAACAGGUUGAGCAGAGAAAAGGUGCAGCUCCUGCAGGGCCAGAGGCUGAGUCUCAGAGAGAAUUAAUAAGGUCGGUAAACCUCUCUAGGAAUAGGAUAAGCAAGUUUAUAGUGUUUAUAAUAGACACCAUUAUACAGUCCAUGUAGAGUAUAUUAAAUUAUUAGAAAAAUUAGAUCGAUAACUGCAUAGUACAUUUGGAAAUAUUGACAAAAGGAAAAUAAUGUCUUAUCGAUAAUGACAUAAGAGAUGGUAAACCAAACAACCUCUCUCUCUCUCUCUCCUCUCAGUAUUAGGGAUUGGACCCAGGCCCUCGCAGUGCUCUGUGCUAUGAAUGACCACCUCAGCCACUCCAGUUAUCCUAAUUACUUACAACUACAGAAUGAACUGAAUCAAACACAAAUUCCCCUCCCCCCACACCAGGCCAUUUUUUUCUUUCUUUUUUUCAGAGCUGGGGACCAAACCCAGGACCUUGUGCUUGCUAGGCAAGCGCUCUACCACUGAGCUAAAUCCCCAACCCCUAUAUUUUUUUAAUACAGAAACAUACUAAGACAUUCAUGGGAUCCGUCAUCUUCUGAAUGAACACUUUCCAGAAGACAGACACUGAGAGACAUUCUACCAUACACUUAGCAGGAGUAAUAGGAACUGUGAAAGCCAAGGGUAAACGAGGUAGGAGAGAUACAGGCCACUGAGACGCGAUGUGACUCAUAGUUGCCAGCUCCUAAACAGAACAUUAGCGCAGCCCAAUCCAGCUGCAUGUCAGACAUCCACGACAGUCUCAGCAUCAGAAAUUAGUCUCGAACUCACCGUAGGGUUAGCUCUCCAGAGGAAGCCUGUUGGGCACAGCCUCCCUGUAUUCUCUUCUCGGGAGGCUGAGGCAAGAGGAUCAUGGGUUCAAGGCCAAUCUGGAGUAUAUAAGAGGGCAAGCAAGAAGACAGCAGACAGACAGGCAGGCAGGCAGGAAGACUGCAGACAGGCAGGCAGGUAGGCAGGCAGGCAGGAAGACAGCAGACAGACAGACAGGAAAAGUACAUGGUUAUUUCAACCGGUGAAAAUAAGACAUUUAAUUUUAAAUCCAAAACAUCACUGGCUGUGAAUGAAAAGGAAUUCUUAACCUGAUAUAGAAUAUUUUCCCAAAUGAUACUCUCUUAGUUAGGGUUUCCAUUGCUGUAAACAGACACCAUGACCAUGACAAGGCUACUCUUAUAAAGGAAAACAUUUAAUUGGGGUUGGCUUACAGUUCAGAGGUUUGGUCCAUUGUCAUGGUGGCACGCAGGCAGACAUGGUGCUGGCGAGGCAGCUGAGCUCUACAUCUGGACUGGCAGGCAGCAGGAGUAGUGAAAGAGAGACACUGGGCCUGGCUUAAGCAUCUGAGACCUCAAAGCCCAUCCCCAGCGACACACUUCCUCCAACAAGGCCACCUCUCCAAUAACACCAUACCGUAAGCGUCUAUGGGGCCCUUUUCAUACAAACCACACGUAUACCAAACACAGACCUCGCCAGGGAAAUGCAUGUGCUUUAAAAUCAAGUUUUUUCCCAUUUCUGACAUUUCUAUGAUAUAUAACCAGAUGACGAAGCAUCAAUAAUGUGGGCGAGGAACAUGGUCUAAAAGAACCAGAAGCCCCCAUGUGUGGAUUUAUGGUCGUGUACUUUAAGAAAACCUGGAAGGCUCUAUGGCAGGUCUGCGGAUGUGGCUCAACUGGUCCAGUGCCCGCCUAGCACACAGGAAGCCAGAUUCAAUCCCCGGUGCUGCAGACCUGUCCUCCUCAUCUGAGAGCCGUGGGCUGGGGGACCAGGUUAUCCCAAGCCAUAUACAGAGCUGGAGGGCAGCCUGUGACACACGAGACCCAAGAGAGCCUACAGACCCCACUUACUCUAAAGAUACUGUUUAAAGGGGGAGGGGCUGGUGAGAUCACUCAGUGAGCACUUAGUUGGCAACUGGAUGGCCUGAUUUCGUCCCCAGAACCUGUGUAAAGGUGGAAGGGAAGAACUGACUCCAUAGAGUUACCCUCUGGCCUACCCAUAUAUGCCCACAAUAAGAAAUAUUCUAAAAGAUUCCGUGUGCUGGAUGUGACGAUGCACAACUAUAAUCCCUGUAUCCAGGAUGCAGACGGAUCUCUGAGUUCCAAGCCAGCGAGGGCUGCAUGGUUGGUGGUGGUGAGGGUAGUGGAUGUUUUUGAGCUCAUUCUGUGAUUUAUGUAGAAAAGCAGAGAGGCAAGAAUAUUCCAGAAGAAAGGCCAAGUGGGAGGGCUUGCCCUGUCAAGCACCAAGGCUGUCUGAGAUAUUAGCUACCAACACUAGAGUAAAUCCUUUGGCCAACACGAGAGUGCAGAGCCGAGAAACAGCUCAUGCCUGUAAGUACUCCUUGAUGUGGACAGAGAAGCAGGACCCGGUGUGAAAACAUGAGUUUCCCCACAAAUGAUGUUAGAACGGUUUUGAAUACAUAUGGGGAAGGCUGAAUCAGACAAGCAUUUAUAAAGAAUGGAUGUCCUCCCAAGUCAUCCAUAGCCUGAAUGGGAAAGGAAAAGGAGUCUAGAGUUCUUAGAAUGCAGAGGGAAUGACUUGCAACCUUGGAAUAGAGAGAGCAUCCUAAAACAGGCCUCAGAGAAGAGGCCAGUGAGCCCCACAGUCUGAAAGCUGAGAAUUUCUAUGCAGCCAAAGGCUGGGUAUUCAGUACUAAUCCCCAUGUGUGACUAAGCGUCCGUCCGACAAAGGCAGCUUCAGGGAGGGAGGUUGGUGCUGACUCACACGGUCUGAAGGGAUGGCAGCAGGAACUGGGGACGUCUGCUCACAUUGUCUCACACCCAGGGACAGAGAGAGAGAUGAAUGCUGUUGCUCUUGCUUCCCUCAAGGACACCUCUCUACACAGAUGUGUCCCGAGGUUCGUUUCUAUGGGGAUUUGAAACCCUUUCACCUUGACAAUCACAAUUUACCAUCACAGGACCAGCAAGACGGCUCAACAGGUAGAGCUGCUUGCCGCCAAGCCUGGGGACCUGUGUUCAAUCUCUGGGUACCACGCCCUUCUCACAGGCUCUCCCCACCGCACAUGCACACAUAGCUGUAAUUCUAAAAUCUUUACUGCAUAACAGGUUUUGGUUUUGUUCCCCGGUGCAGGGCUUUUACUUUGCCCAGGCUGGCCUUGAAGUAGAUGCAGGUGACUUUGUACCUCAGAUCAAGUGGGGAAAAAUACUCUCAUCCAUCCUCUCAUCCCAGACCUCUACUCUCUUCCCCAGAAGUAGUCUCUAGUAAUGGCUUCUAGAGUAUUCUAGAAAAUUCUUCUGCAUCGAUACAAAUCUAUACACUUGUCUUUCUAUCGAUGGACACGUGAGUGUACAUAGGUCAGAUUGUUCUUACUUUUCCAUAACCCUGUGUCAUGCGUGUCCUGAGGAUGGCCUGGCCGGGUCUCUGUUGGGCUGCUUUUUCCUUUCACUCAGUAAACAGUGAUGCAGUCAGCAUCCUGUCUGAAUACUAAAAUCCCAAAGCGUGUUGUCCCUGGGUGCCACCCACAUGCACGGAGCUCCUGAUGUGCUUAGGGGACAAAGAACCAUACAGGGUGGUGUGAGCCCUGGAGAUGGCUGUGCCCAAGAGCCAAAGGCAGCCUGCAUGUUCAGGGAGACCAGGAUGCAAGACUCACAACAGCAAUGUGAGUGAUGGUUUGGGGCUGGCGAGUCUGCAGCCCUCCUCGGGUUCUCAGUUCAGCUCAGCUGAAUCCCCACCCCCAGGCUCAGGUGGUAGAAAUGUCUGACGGCAGGAAAUGUAAACUCUAGGAAGCCUGAUUGUUGCCUAGGAGCAGUGAUGCAGUGACAGGUUUUAAAUAUGUCCAUGUUUUCUCUAAGACUGACUGUGUACACACAGCAGUUGCUGUGCGUGCAUGUGUGUGUAUAUGUGUGCGUACGUGUGUGUGUGUGUGUGUGUGUGUGUGUGUGUGGGUGGGUGGGUGUGUGUUACCCUUCCCUGUGGUUCAUACAUGGAGGCCAGAGGUGUCUGGGUGUCUUUCUCUAUUGCCUUCUAUCUUUCAUUUACAUUUUUUUGAAUUGUAUGUGUUUUGCCUGCAUUUAUGUCUGGGUACCAUGCGUAUGCACUUCCUGUGGAGGUCCGAAGAGGGUGCUGCAUCCCCCAGACCUGGAGUUAUAGAUGGUGUGAGCCACCGUAUGGGUGCUAGAAAUUGGACCUGGGUCCUCUGCAGGAGCAGCCACUGCUCUUAACCACUGCGCCAUCUCUGUAACCCCAUCCACCUAGCUCUGGAGACAAGGGAUCACUAAACCUGGAACUGGUCAUUUCAGCCAGAUGAGCUGGCCAGCAAGCCUCAGAGAUCUGCCUCCCAAGCACUGGACUCACGACACUGGGGAUCUGAACUUGUGCAGCAGGCACUUUUCCCACUGAGCCACCUCCCCAGCCCUAGGGGUUUGCUUUUUCAUGUCUAUGUAGAGCCUUUAAUCAAUAACAAUCAUUUCUACUCUUAGCACUUUGAGUGGCAAGCUGCAAGCAGCAUGAGACAGGCAGGGAAACAGUCAUGAGAAAAGGCCUUUUGGGGAGACGUAGACUGCCACCUUGGGAAGGGGGAGCUGAUCGGCAUCAGCCAUCUGUAGAGCAGCCUCAGUGGGUCCCCUGAACCUGGUCAGCUCUGCCCUUUUCCCGGAGUUUCUGUUGCUGUCCUAUGGGGAGUAGGUGGGUGACUUAAACACGCCAGGCUGCUAAAUCCUUUAGGAGAACAGUCUUGGAACCAGAGAGAGCUGAUUCUGAUUUCAUGUCAGUAAACAGGCAUUCAGAGUGGCCAGGGCACAUAGACCAGCUUCCUCUCUAGGCUCCUGCACAUGAGCUGACGGCAGAGCAGACUGCUGAGCCCCCGGGAUGAGCACGAGGCUCAUGGGGAAGAGCGAUCAUGGCCCGAUAGGAGAGGAAACAGGAAGGGCAGAGGGUUUCUCCACCCUGGAGCCUCAGUUCCUUCAUUGGCAAGGUGGAUCAGUAGUGUAUGCUAUGUGACACACUGCGGAGGCUCAAAUGAGGCCAUGUACACAGAGUGAAGCGUUGUGGCAAUUAUCCACGGAGAGCGGGAUUAACCAGUAGGUCCCCAGGUGUAGCCCAGAUCGCUCCAUCAGAGAGCUGGUACUGCUGUAUGAAGAAUGAGAAGUCUUUUCACCUCGUUUUCCCACCUCUGCAGGUAUAAGACGGCAGCCAUCUUUCCUUAAACACUGAGUGGGUAGAUAACCUUGUGUUGGAGGAGGCAGGGCUAGAGGCAGCCAUUCCUCAGCUCCCUGCCCUGCCCCGCCAUCACCAUCCCUAGCUGUGGAGAUCUUUCCCGCUAAUGGCCCUAACCCCCGUGGCUGCCCUGGAUUGAAAUGUCAGUCACUUUAGCUGCCCCUGGUCAAAUGUGUUCAGUUGUCAUCUGCUGAAUGCCCACGGCAACCACUGUGGCAUAAUAGAGACAAACGCAGCGCCAAACUGGGACAUGAUGGGUCCGGAAUUAUGUAUUUAAUUCACAGUUGGAAUGGAGUGCUCAUAAAAUCUUGAUCAUGAUAGAGAGGCUAAUAAACACUUCAGAUCAUAAUGAUCCGGGGGUGGGAGGAGUGGCUUGGUGAAGCAGUUAGUUUUAAAGUGGUUAGAGACAGAGAAAGUCAGCCAGGCAGAACUCUCUAGACACCAAUCCAAGGAGUUGUCUCUGAGGCUGGUAAUGAUCUUGAGCCAGCCACAUUGUGGGUGUGUGGAUGCUAAUUUGAAAGGCACACAAAUCGGGGGCUGCGCUGCUGCUCGAGUACAUCGCCCUGUGCCCUAUGCUACAUAGUGGCAGGUGCGGCCUCCUAGAAAGCAUCCGCCUUUAACAGCAUCCACAAGGCAUCAAAAUCUGAGCCUAGAGGGCAGCCAGGUGUGGCUUCAGCUUAGCAGGCCGCAUAUACCACAGCUUGGAGCAGGGAUGCAGAGUGAGGAGGUCUGGGGGAGGGGAGGAGCUGUCCAGGGUAGAGAAUGUGCUCCAAACCUGUUGUGGUCCCUCAGGGGGCUCAGAGCUGUUGUGUCGGUGGGGAAGACUUAGUGCAGGUCUAAAUCCUGUUUCGCACAUUCUGGCCAUGUACCUUGGGCAGCUCUCUCACCUCUGCCAAUUGGGGUCGAUGAUGAGCACCUGUGGUAAAAAGUAAAUGACUCAUUAUGAGCUCUGAAGAAGCCGGCACCCAUCGUGGGCACCCAUCACGUCACGUGGUCAGAAUGAUGUCAUUGGGAAAGGGGGCGUCAGGACUACUGAGUUUGCAGUUCUCCUGCCUUGACUUCCUCAGUUCUGAGAUCAUGGCUGUGCGCUAUCACGCCCGGCUGAGAAGGAACCUGGAGUCAUAUUCAGCAGAGUCAUUGACAUUUUGGGGUCAGGGGCCACUCAGGUUUGUUUAUGCUUUGGGGAGAGUUUGUGACCCAUAAGGCAGGGAAAGUUUUCAAAGUAAGCAACGUGAUCGUUUAACGAAUGGUUUGGGAAGCUGCAGACACUCGCCCACUGGCUCUGCACCCCAAGCCCAGCUGAGGAUAAGCAGAGCCUCCCAGGAGCCUUCCCCUAGGUGCCACGGAAGGUUGCAAGUCUGAUCUGCCCUGGAAGCUGCCAGGUCAAAGCCUGGGUGCUUCCCUCCUCCUCCAGGGUAAUCCUCUGCAUGAGAAGAGCUGUUUUUUCCUCAGAAAGGGAAGGAAAGCAAGUUCGAAGGGACUGGUUGGAAUCUGGAGAGAGGCAACUCUUUUAGUCUCUGUAAAGUUGUCCGUUUGAGAAAAAACUCACCAGCAAUGGGACCCACAGAGGAAGUCUCUCUGCUUGGAAAUCUUGAGGUCUAGAGGCACUCACUGGACAAAGACUGUGAAGUUUGAGGCUCCUGGGGUUCUCUGGUCUGGGGAUGCCAUAAUGCAACUGCUACUGGGGUAUUUCUGUGAUAAUUAAUGAUUUCUGUGAUGAUUAAUGAUUUCCCGAUGUCAGCAAGUGGGUACAAGUUGUUUGUGCAUUCCUCAAACCCUGACGACACCCUAUGGUAAAGUUUGUGUGCCCACAGGGCCAGCUCCGGAGAUGCAAGCCCUGCCUAACCCAGACCUCCUCCCCCAGGAACUCUCUAAGUUGUCUGAGCUCCUAGCCUAUCCACAGCAGGGGUAGCUCACAGGGUGCAGGAAAAACUAACAGACAAGAAGCCCAGGGAGUUCAAGGUCUCUGACACAUGAAAAGAAAUCUGUUAGAUAUUUUAGGCAGUUAACUGUGACCCAAAUAUUGUGGUUCCCUGAGCGAGUGCUGAACCAGGUCAGCUGGACCAAGGGAAGAUGCUGAUCAAAACUCAGCUCAGGUCAGAAGCGACCGGGUUUAGCUUUGAGGAUUUUGCCUUUCAGUGGUGGGAGACGGACAGCAAAGCUGGGAAAAUGUCAACCCAUAGUGUGGGACCCUCAGAGCUGGGAGAGGGGAGAAGAAAGCAGCCUUGCUGAAGCUUUUCCUCCCCAGUACAGCAGGAGGAGGAGGAGGAAGUGAGGAAUAUUGUGGCAGACUGGGGAGGUAAGAGUGGCCCUGUUCAGUAUCCGGUUGAUACUGGGCUGGGGCUAUGGGUCAGUCAGUGACAUGCUUUUCAGUUCUAACACCCUCUUCUUACCUCCGAGGGCAUCAGGCACACAUAGGGCACAUACACAAACACACGUACAAUAAAUCUUAAUGAUAAAACAACCCCUGAGAUUGAUGGUUCCCGAGGACUAACAUCGGAUAUUGACCUCUGAGCCACACACACAUGCUAACACACUUGCACGUGAACACAAAUAUAAACGCACUCCUCACUCUCGCACUCCCAUGCACACAUAGUGUUUGAGUAUUCGUGUAGAGAUCAGAGGUCAAGUUACGAUGUCCUCGGGCGAUGUCACCUGAUUUUUUUGGUCAUAAGACAAGGUCCCUCACUGGCCUAGAGCACACUGAUAAAGUGAGAACAGCUUGUCAGGGGCUCCCAUGACCCCCUGUCUCUACCACCCUGGCUCAUGGAUGAAAAGCAUGCACCACCACAGUUUUCUCCUGUAGAUUCUAGGGAUCAAACCAGGUCCUUGUGUUUGCAAGGCAAGUGUUUCACUGGCUGAGAUGUCUCCUCAGCUCAGGACUAAUGCUGGGAAAGCCAGGCUGUGUCACACAGAUCUCUGGCCCCCAUGCUGAACAGCAAUUACGGAGGAAUAGAAGAGAGGGUGGAUCUGUCCAGGCUACGAGCAGAGCCUGAGGAGGAGAUGCCCGCCACAGGUGACAUGGGAGGCUGCUGCAAAGCCCAGCCCACGAGCAACUCUCAUGCAGGCCCUCAUUGUCUCUUCACACCGCGGGACUCUGAAAUACGCAUCAAUACUUUGGAGGCAGGAAGGCAGAGGAAGUUUGUCUUGGAGGAAAUGAGAAGAUGACGGAUGGGAUCCACGCCCAUGCCAAGCCCCACUCCCACCCCCGUGGGCUCUGUCUUGUCGCCUCCUACAGCAACAACUGACUCUUUGUCAGUUCUCCAUACCUGAGAUCUAUCCCGAUGCCUUUGGUUUCAACGCAUCCUUCUGAGACCUCCUCGAAGACUGACACACUUUAGUUGGUGGACAUUUACAGUGUACCUACUGUGUGUCAGGCACUGUCCCAAGAGCUAAAAGCAGGGGACAUUGAAGGUGCUUUCUGCCCCUGCAGGGGGCAAAUAGUAAAUAUAAAACACAUGUCACCAUCUACAAAGAGACAAAGUGAAGACUCGGGAACAUAGUGCCAUCUCAGCAGAGUCCUAGAGGUGGGCCUGUGUCAACCCAGGACAUGGACACCCCAGGCUAAAAAGCUGGCCUGCUGUGAUGGCUGUGCCCAGUUGUCAACUUGACUACAUCUGGAAUGAACUACAAUCCAGAAAUGGAGGGCACACCUGUGAUCCAGAUCUUGACAUGGGAUGAAGCACAUAUUUGAUCCAAUUCUUGAGGCAUAGUGGCCAUAAAAAGUUUAGACACAAGCAAAGUAGGUACACACCUCUAACCUCAAGAGACAGAGGCAAGCAGAUCUCUGAGUUCAGGGCCAGCCUUGGACAGAGCAAGCUCCACAGAAAGAACAGCUUAGGUGUAGGGUGGUGGUGCACACCUUUACUCUGGGCCACACCUUCUGCUGGAGGACUUUAGGACACUGGAAGAAGGAAGGCUCACUCUUCUCCGCCUGCUUGCAUUUACUUGCCAGCAUGUCUGUCGGAACCUGCUUCUUCAGGAUUCCAGCGUAGACAGAAGACCAGCUGAAGCACUUAGCCUCGUGAGGGGAGCUAGAGUCUUGAAUUCCCCAUUCAUAGCUGCCCGCUGUUGGUUAGUUGGACUGCAGACUGUAAGUCAUCCCUGUAAUUUCCCUUAAUAUAAAGAGACAUUCCAUAAGUUCUGUGACUCUAGAGAACCCUGACUAAUGUGCCACACAGAGCCAGGCCCAGCAGAGAAGCCUGUGGCCAGGAGUGCAAAGUGAGGACCAGGAGGGCCACCUCCUGACUCCUGAGCUUAGCCAUGUGAACGAAGAUGCUACGAGCGCAUAGAAGGGGACGUCACAUGGGUGCGUGGACUGUCCGAGGCCACAGGCAGAAGCAGAGCAUCUGUGACAGUGGGGAGGAUAAGUGUGAACCACUGUGAACAUACUGGGUGCCACUAACUUGUACCCCAUAAAGUGACUUGUCUCACAUCCUGUGGGUUUCAUCUUAGUUAAAAAUAGUAGUGGCCGGUGAGGUGGAAAUAAGAAAAUCAGGAAUUCAAGGUAAGCCUGGGCUAUUUAACCAGAUCGAGGUCAGCCUGGGCUACAUGAAUCUGUGACUCCAAAGCAAACUAAAAGAACAAAAACAUAAGCAGUGAGCAGAGCCUCUUGAAGAGAAUGUGAGAGCGCAUGCGCCAACACCACUGAGCAAAGGCACUGCCCUGGGGCUCAGCCGCGGCCAGAGACUCUUUCCUGGUACAUGGUAACAGCAACCUUCCCACCCUUAGAGUGGGGGAGCUCUGUCCUCUGCAUCCUACCUACACGGAACUAGGUGUGGGUUCUGAAGAGGCCAGGGCUCUUGGUAAGGUGACUGUCACCACUGCACAUUAGGUGGCUUGAACUUGGCCUUUCCGUACCUGGGAUGUGACCUGGAAGAGCUGGAGUCAUUGCAAGCCCUGGCUCCCGUUCUUAUCCUGUCCGGGACAGUGGUACCCAGAACCUGUAGGGAGAGGAUUCCGUUCAGCCCACAAUCAGCACCGAGGACAAAGGCUGGUGACCACUCAGACUCGUCAUGGAAAAGCUUUCAAGCCAAAGAUUGUGUGCGCCGCCCACAGCCUUAGCUACAGGAACUCGUGUGCCCAGUGCUCUCGCUCUUUCUCCCUAACCUGUGGCGAGCUUUAACCCUGGCAAUCUGACCCUAGUGUUCUCAUUGGCUGCCUUCAUUCUCUUCGGCAACAGUUCAAUGUGCCUGGCAUCCUCCUUGUUUUAGCGUGCUGUUUGAUUUCUCCAGCAAUGCUUGUGUGUCAGGAUAGUGGAGGAACAGGACACUGAUUCCUGGGUGCAGUAGUCUCUCUCUCUCUCUCUCUCUCUCUCUCUCUCUCUCUCUCUCUCUCUCUCUCUCUCAGCAAUAACCUUCCCCUCUCCAGCUCUCCCUGGUCUCUAACAGGAGUGCCCCUCACUACAGCAGGUGCGCUGUGGGUUUGCUUCAUGGCAAAACCUUGUUGUUGCUCUCACCACUGAUUCUGACCACAUAGAAAACACGACGCCUGUGUUCCUCAUCCACUUCAGGAAGUCUGUGAUAGCUGCUGGCUGGGAAGGAGAUACUCAGCUCCAUCUGGACAAGGCUGACUACCCAGAGGGCACCACGAAAAAAUAUAUUUUAAUAAUAAUCAUCUUCUUCCUCUUCUUUUCCUUUUCAUCUUUUCUAGUAAAAACACAUUUUGUUUUACUUUUAAUUUUUUUUACUUGUGGGAGGAAAUUUUUUGUUUGCUUGCUUGUUUGGCUUGGCUUGGUUUGGUUUGGUUUUUCAGACGUUUCUCUGUGUAGGCAUGGUUGUCCUCUGUAGACCAGAAUGGCCUCAGACUUAGAGAUCCGCCUGCCUUUGUCCCUGCCCCCACCCCCAGAGUUAGGGUUAAAGGUGUAAGCCACCAGUGCCCGGGCGGGAAAGGGCUUAUCUGGUUCACAGCCACAGUCCAUUACUAAGGAAAUCCCAGAAAAGCCAAAGCAGGAAGUCAGGGCAGGAACCAAGAGGCAGGAAUUACAUGGGUGCCAUGGAGGUGCACUACUUACCCUCGUCCUCUGUGGUUUGCUCAGCUUAUCUUCUUACACAGCCCAGGACCACCUGUCCCAGGAGGGCACCAUCCCCAAAUCGUGGUACCCACCCCACUUUCCAAACACAGGUAGAUGAUGUCUGGUGUGUGGAAGCAGCCACUGUGGGCUCGUUUACCACCUCCCUGUGGAGACUCCACGGGAAGCACUGGGGACAUGGUUACUGAUUGAAUGACAACAGCAGUUGGUUUUCCUAGCCCUGAGGCAUUGAUCUGUACUGAGCUGUUCUGUUCUCACUUACAGCCCCUCUUACACCUGGCAAUUGGGUCUGACUCAUCCCGCCUCUGUCUGCUCCCAGAGUCUGGCAUCCAUGUGUCUUCAAGGAUGCUGAGGAUAAGAUUUUUUAGUGGCAGGUGUCACUCAGGAGCAGUGUAUCUUAGUUCCGUCUCUGAGGGGAAAGAAAGCACAGAGUAUCAGGUCUUGAGGUAUGAAAUCCUGUCCUCAGUAACAGCAAAACAAGAGCAUUCUAAUUCAGCAGCGAGGACCAAGACCGGUCUACACACAUGCCACUGUGCUGUUCCUUUCGCUUCAAAUGGAUACUUUUCCUUUAUUAAAGACAAUCUUUGGGGGCUGCAGAGAUGGUUCAGCAGUUCAAAGCACUAACUGCUUUUGCAGAAAAAUUGGAUUUAGUUUCCAGCACCUACCUUGGGGCUCAUGGCCAUCUGUAACUCCAGUUCCAUGGGAUCUGACGCCCUCUUCUGGCUUUUAUGGGCACUGCACUCAUAUGGGCAAAAUAUUCAUAAACAUACAUUGAAAAUAAAUAUAUAAAAAGAAACAAAUACAAAAUAUUCUUUUCAGGCUCAGGGUGCAGCUUGGAGCGGCAGAGCACUUGCCCAGCAAAUGGUUUCUUCCCCCGGCCUGACACCCUACCUCCGUUACAGUACAAUAGAGUCUUUCUCUGAAGAUUUUAUGGCUAACGUUUCCCCAUCGGUAGAGCAGUGCAGCCACACUAAACACAGCAAAUAGACCUGUAUAAAUACAAAUGGUUGUCCUCUUGCCUCUCCCCUCCCCCAGAUCAUUCUGAGUCACUGGGUGCCUAUAUAUCUGUCCAGGUUUGCUUUCCUUGUUGAGCAAAACCAGACUAUUAUAAUCGACGCCAGUAACACAGCCUUUAACAUGUUUCAGGAAUUUUGUUUGUCUUUUGAGAGUCUCACACUGAAGCCUAGGCUGGCCUCAAACUCAAGGUUCCACUCAAGCCUACCUUGGCACACUGAUAAGUGUAUUGGGUUUGCUUACAGAGGCCCAGGUGAGAGGCUCAGUACAGGAUUAUAGGUGACCCCUUAAGUCUGCCCCAGCAUGGGUGCCAAUGUCUCUGUAGCUAUCUAGGUGUAUUUCCCCCAUCUCCAGGCAACCCAUACACACUACAUUUGGCAGCAUCUCCUGAGACCAGAGUGUAUAUAGCUGGGGUGGGGAACAGUGUCUGGCAUCUCCGGUGAGGGUAUAGACAGCCCGCCUCACCCCUCCUUCUAUGAGGGAAAUCAAUAGGCCUCAUAAUGGUCGUUUGCAAGCAAUUGGUGGCUGUUCUACAAGGCCACAUAGUUUUCCUCUUGUGCAGCUAAUGUAUUCUUACAGAAGAAGUUCUGAGUCAAGAUGUGUGAACUCCUUUGCCUCAGUUUCCCCAUUUAUGCAACAUGAAUACCAUUUGCCUUCCCAGAUGGCAUAAGGUGAUAUCUUUAAAGCCCCUAAGGCAGUGUGCCUGGUAAAUGACAGUUUGGUUUAAUUUUUAAGCUAGAAUAUGUUAAGCCCAGCUUGACCACCCAUUGCUGGCCCACUUCAGCAGAGGCUCCGAGUGAAUAUGGAAAAGCAAGCUUGAGUUUGCAGGUGUACUGGCUGCUGUUUGGGUUCCUCUCACCUGUGGUUGCUGGGUUUGUGCCACCUAUCCAGGAGGUUCCCAGCGCACAUCUCCAGAGAUCCUGAUGGCUGCCAAGGCUGUACCUGUAGGCAGUGCCAGUUGCUUAAUUUGACAGCAUAGUGUGAUGGGGAGCAAAGGCUGACCCAUGCUGUGAGGUGCAGGGAGGGAGAGGGUGGAGAAAAGGGAUGAGACCAGACCCCAGGAGUCAGGUUCUGUGAAAACACACUCAGCAGAAGCAGAUGACAAUCAGGUCAGCCUAGAUGCUAAGCCUGGGGUUAGAUCCAUUUCACCUCAACUCUAGUAGUAUCCUCACCCUUCCUAAGUGAGUAAACGGUGCCUUCUGCUUUUUCCCAAGAAGGGUGUGGCGUCAACAAUAAGUCUGUGUAAAGGGGAAGCUGCUGGUUCUGUACGGUCCUCCCCUCAGCUGUGGACGAGUAGGAGCAAACAUACGGGCUUGACUGAGCUCCUUGCAGGCUUUUAAUUUGCUCACGUGCAUGUGUGACUGUGUGCAUGCAUGUUUCCGUGAGUGUGUGUGUGUGCGUGUGUGUGUGUGCAUUCAGGCGUUCCUAUGUAAUUCUCUCAUGUGAUUUGACUUGGAUGCCCAGAGAUGACAGUAUGAUUCAGUCACUACGGAGGUUCUGACCAUCUGAGGGGAGCUAGAAAACUUUGGGGUGGGUGGAGUCAGCAGGCAGACCCUCCCCCAGGCAUCCAGCUGCUCCAGCUAGGAGGUGGGACCCUCUCUCACCUCCUUUAGCCCUCCCUCUUCUCUGGCACAGGCAACUUCUUAUGCUUGAGAUGGGUACCGCUGCUUUUUUGCCUGUUUCCUUUCCUGAGCCCCUCAAGCAUCCAGUGGCAGAAAUUCAAGUUUAAGUCCAAGUUUGCCGUGAUCUGCAUUUAAUGAAGCCCCGAGUGGCUGCUUUGUACAAAUGGACAAAGUCAGGCCUGAAGGAGACACUUAGAGUGGCAAGUGCCUCCAGGUGAGCUGCCCUGGGGAAAACCAGGGGGACCCUCAGAACCCCGGAACGCUGGAUUGGUACUGUGCUGGGGAGGGCUCCCAGGGUAGAAACAAUACAGGGGGUUGCAAAAUUCAGUUCCCAUCUCCCCUGAUAAAAGGGGGUCAAGUCCCUAGGGUCCCCAAGGUCAUGAAGUCAGCGAGUGGAGUGAGUGUCCCCUAGUCAAACAGAAGACAACCGAUCACAUGCUGAGCCCUUUUAAUCACCUAAUGGCUGGUUGUUGAGCUCACUGGUCUAGGUUUCUGGUGAGGCCAGGCCAGACACUGUAUGACACCCAAGUUUUGGCCUGGCCUCUCCACAUUACAGCCCCAGCACUGACGCAGACAAUUGAAGUAUUUGAGAACAAUGAAAUAUGCAUGGCUAUCUGUGACAGCCCCGCAAAGUCGGGCAAUUAGCUGCGUAAUCUGAGAGGGGAGCUGGCCCUCGGCAGCCCGAGGCUCCCCAUUAGUUAAAUGCAUUUUGUACGUCCUAGUCCCAUCAAAUCAACUAACACUUUCUUUAAUUGGUUCAUGAAUUAUACAGUCACCCCCUGCAUUAUAAUUUAAUCGCCUGUAAACAUUCAUAGGGCCCACCAGUAAAGUGUAUCGGCGCUCAUUAAUUCGUUAAUUCCAGCAGAUGGAAGGGGAGAUAGGACUAACGGUUUUGGAACAGAGCGCCUUGGGCAAUGGAAUAAGGGAAAAAAGGUGGGGGCCACUUAGGUUUUUUUUUCAGGGCUGUCAGAAACUCAAUCUGUGAGCUGUCAGCAGCCUGGACCAGUCCCCACCCCCUCCACGUCCUAGACUGUAGGGAAGUGACUGGUGGAUUCAUAGGGAGGCUUGUCAACUGGCUUUAAACAUCAAGCCAGCGGGUAAACCGAGCCCAAUGUAAAUUAAUUCUUGUCUUAGGCCCCCCUCUCUCUGUCCCCAUGAAUAUUUCAUGGCGGGCGGCAUAAAUAUUAAUUCUAAUAGCUCUGCACAGUGGUUAUUAUUUCUGUUUUAUGACAAAUAUUCAUAAAAUAUUCAAGAUCCUUUUUUAGAACAUUUACACACUUGAUUGUGAAUUUUCCCAGUUUCCUGGGGACACUGUAAACAUAUUGGGGUUCUCUUGAUGGACUCUUCCCCCUUAAUUAAUACCACUGGUUAUUAAUAUUUAAUUGGGCUUGUUUUUUUUUUCCAGAAGUAAAGCCUAUUACAUUGCAGAGCCAAAGGGUGUUUCCUUUCCUUUCUGUGUGUAAACUGGGAGGUUUCUGGCCCCUCCAAGUCUCUGACCCCUGGAGGGGCGGACAAAGGUCGGACUCCUUGCCUUUAUUUUGAAGACCUCUAUUUCCUUUUAACCAAGUGUUCUGGAGACAGCCCAACUUCCUGUGAUGAAACUCCUCAGAAGAGGGCUGUUGCUGCUUUUCUGCAAGGAGUUAACAUAAUUUUGGAGUAAUUAAAGUGUCGGUUUAAGAAAAACAGUGUCAGAGUCCUCAGGCAAGGCAGCCACCGUGUGUGUGUGUGUGUGUGUGUGUGUGUGUGUGUGUGUGUGUGUAAUCUGCAUUGUUUGUCUUUGGCCCCAGGAGGCAGCUAGCGCCAUCCCUCCUGAAGACAGUGAGGAGUCAGUCAGUCCUUGGGCGGACACAGAGCCCUGAGCAGUUAGCCACAUCCUAGAGUUCCGCAGCUUCAGUGUUCGCUGUGCAGUCCCAAGUCUCCCUGAGGUCUGGAAUAUCCCAUCCACUCAGGAGAGUGAUUCACUGUUGUUUGACACAGGAGCACAGGGCGGCGACAGAGUACGCAGAGUCUGAUGGACCUGGAGCGCAGCCUAGAGACAGCACAAAGCCUCUAGGCUGACCCUUGAGUGCCGGGCCACAGCACCUAUGCAGGUAUUUCUCGUGGCGGAGGAUGGGUGCCGUAAUGUGUCAUGUGCUUAGUACAAAUCUCUGGCACACAGUUAACGAAAGUUUUUGAUAGAAACGAUGGUGUUGGUGACUAAGGUGUUGAUGGUGCCACUGUUAAUGGUGAUGAUGAUAUCAUCAAUGGUGAUGACGGCGUUGAUGGCACUGAUGGUGAUGAUGGUGGUUACCAUGGUGAUGAUGGUGGUUACCAUGGUGAUGGUGGUGAUGGUGGUUACCAUGGUGAUGGUGGUGAUGGUGGUUACCAUGGUGAUGGUGGUGAUGGGGUGAUGGUAGUUACAGUGGUGACUAAUGAUGACGGUGCUGGUGCUGGUGCUGGAAAUGAAUGGAAGACCACAGAUUCAAACCGAAGCAAAGAAGCAAAACACUUGAAACCUUUAAGGACGUGGUGCAGGCAGGCAGUGGGACAAUGACUUAGCAGGCCAGAGGGAAGGAGGCCAGAGAGUAGGAAUUAGCCCCGGUAGGUCUCUUGCUCUUGCAAUGGUAACUGUCACGACUCUGGCCUCCUGAAGGCCCAGAGCAGGAGUCACUGAAGUCAUUCCCUCACUAAUUUGGAAGGAAGUAAGCAUGGCACAGGGAGGUCAGGGACGAACAUCUGGAAGCUGAGGGCAAACAAACAUCUGGAAGCUGAGGGCAAACAAACAUCUGGAAGCUGAGGGCAACAAACAUCUGGAAGCUGAGGGCAACAAACAUCUGGAAGUUGAGGACAACAAACAUCUGGAAGCUGAGGGCAACAAACAUCUGGAAGCUGAGGGCAACAAACAUCUGGAAGUUGAGGACAACAAACAUCUGGAAGCUGAGGGCAACAAACAUCUGGAAGCUGAGGGCAACAAACAUCUGGAAGCUGAGGGCAACAAACAUCUGGAAGCUGAGGGCAACAAACAUCUGGAAGCUGAGGGCAAACAAACAUCUGGAAGCUGAGGGCAACAAACAUCUGGAAGUGGUCCCAAGGCCAGGUCUCAGGCACUUUUCAGCUGAAUAGCUUUGUCCAGGGUCUGGAUCUUCAUAGCCUGAGAUGUGUUAAUGUCCUCAUAGUACCACAGCCUCACAGGGUGUUGUGAGGAUGGAGUAAAGCAGUGUAUCCACAGGACCCAGCUCAAAGCUCAAGAACCCCUCAGCCAUGUAGUCCCCAGAGGCUGCAGCAUGUGGCAGGCACAAGAGCCAAUGUGUUCCAGCUCCUGAGACAUCACUCUCUGUAUCAUUCCCAGCUCCGUGCUCAGGCUGUCAGAUAAGCAGUUUGCAGAUAUGCUGGGAGAAUUUACACCAGGGGAAUGGACAAGUGCUGUUACUGCCCAGGCUCCCCCUGACCUGCAGAGGCUAGAUCCCCAGCAAACCAUGAAGGAUGAGGGGGUGUGCGAGCUUGUAGUCCUACCAGUGGCAAGAGAGGGUUAUCUUUAUUAUUCUAUCCACUGGGCUUUUGUUUUGUCUUGGAAACAAGAUCUCACCAUGUUGUCCGAGGUAACCUCAAACCCUUGAGCUCACCAGCGUCGUCUUGUGUCAGUCUUGAGUAAGCAGUGCAGGGUACAGCAGCACGCCUGGCUUGUCCUGGUCACCUUCGAGUGGCAUCAGACAAUUUCACCUCUCUGUUCACUGUUCAUGCAGCUGAAAGUGACCUUGGACUUCUGAUCUUCCUGCUUCCACUUCCUAAAUGUUGGGAUUACAAGCAGGCACCACAUGCCGAUUUCUGCAGUGCUGGGAACAGAACCGAGGGCCUCAUGCUACCUAGGCAAGCAUUUUACCAUGUGUCUUUAGUCUCUGGUCCCAAUGUUAUUGUUUUCAUUUAACAUACCGUGAGUACAUCUCUGUGCUGUGCACCAUUUGUUGUAUUAAUACUCACAAGUCAAUAUCUCUGUUUCUUCAUUUCAAAAUCAUAGUCGUCUCAAACAAGAAGGUCCCACAAAGGACGUUUCCAAACCUUUCUGGGUCGUUUUAACUGUCAUCUUGAAUCAACCUAGUAUCACCUGGGAAGAGAGUCUUAAUAAGGAAUUUUUGAGAUCAGGCAUGUCUGGAGUUGGGGUGUCUGUCUUGACUGUUAAUAUGGGAAGACACAGUCCACAUGGGUAGCACCAUUCCCUAGGCAGAGAUUCCUAACUAGUGUAAGAGAGGAGAAAGCUAGCUAAAAGCAAGCAAGCAAGCAUGUCUUCAUUCUCUCUGCUCUUGACUGUGGAGAUGAUGUGACCAGAUGUUUCUAGUUCCUGCCACUCUGAAAUCCCUGUUAUGAUAGACUGUAACCUUGGUCAGGAUAUUUUAUUACAGCAAUGGAAAUAAAACUAGAACAUCUUCCCAUAUCAUACCAGCUGGGCCACUUGGUUGUGUUAGCCAGACAGUGAUCAGAACAAAAACGUUUGUAUUCUGAUGGCUGGAGAGAUAGCUCCAUGGUUAAGAACGCAGUCUGCUUUUGCAAAGGACAGGGAUUCGGUUCUCAGCAUCCACUUGGGAUCUCACAAAUGCAUGUAGCUCCAUCUCAGGGGAUCCAACACCCUCUUCCAGCCUCUGUGGGAGCCAGGCACACACGUGGGGAACAUGUAUGUAUACAGGAACUCACAUAUACAUAUUGAAUAAAUAUAUCUUCUUUCUUUAAAAAAAGUAUCUGCACCCUUUUGUCAAUGUUUGAUGUUGGUCAAGCUGUAAAGGACACAUGGACCUGUGGCCUGAUUGUACAAGUCAAAGAGGUUACUCAUAGCUUUCAUUCUUAAGGCAAUGCCUUCUCUUUUGAGAAAUAGUCUCUGACUGGAUUAGAACUUGCCAAGUGGGCAAGCCUGGCUAGUCAUAAACUAGAGAAUCUACCUGUCUCUGCCUCCCAGCACUGGGAUAGCCAGCACAUACCUCAGGAAUCUCUCUGUCCAUCUGUCCAUCCAUCUACCCAUCCAUCCAUCCAUCCAUCCAUCCAUCCAUCCAUCCAUCCAUCUAUAGAUAAGCCCUGCAGAUUGGUUCAGGUCCUUGCUCUUGAAAGGAGGCCACUUUAUCUCUUGAACUAUUUCCCAAGCCCAAGAACUUAGUUUUUAAAACAACAGAAUAAUGGGGGGAGUCUGAACAUGGAAUUGAGGGCAUAAAAGCUGCUCAAAUGAAGAUGUUUCAAGCUCACCAGAGCCUAGAAGGUCUUGCGUCCUGUUGGCUUCUUGUCUCAGGAAUGCGGGUCCCAGCCCUUUUCUGACCCAAAGCCUGUAUGAGAGUGCACAUGCCAGCCAGUGACCAGUGAAACCAGAAGGCUCGAGCAGCUGAACACUUUGUCCCACCUCCAUCCUCCUGUUCCUACCAAGCCCCAAGGAUGGCCUGAGAUGUCUUGGGUCUCCCGGGAAUCCUGCUAAGGGAUUUGGCUUUACUGUUGGUGGCCAGCUUGUCUACUGUCAUUUUUUCCUUAAAUUCAUUGCUUUUCUCUGUGGGAGAAUCUUGCAGAACCACCUGGCUCUGACAGUUGGCUUUUCCUCAUUGUCUGGGGAGCUCCUGGGUGGCAGUGUGCACAUGGGGAAAAUUUCUUUUCCUUUCUUCUUGGUGUGAAGGAGGUAGAAAUUUUUAGAGGGCUUUUUCAAAAGAGCUGGAUUAUGCUAGAGUAUCCUGGGUCAUUCCUCCCUUCAACUGGACUGCUGUGUUUGGAAAUGUACUUGGUAAACUGCCAAGAGUGUGCACUAAUUUAUUGGUUAGCAGCCGGAGAGUGAGUUUUGUUGCUUGCCCUGGAGAGACUGCACAUCCCACAGGGUAAGUUUGUGCAGUCAAUUAUGCACUGGUUUCAACAAGAAAUGGCCAGCGGGAGCCCUUAUCUUGAAGGAAUGGGGACUGGAGGUGAGCAGAGUUGUCACUGCUACACACGGCCAGACACACGGCACUCAGGUUGGUAGGACCAGCUGGCAAGGCUUGGCCCUUGAUUUUCAUGGAAGUGUGUUACAGUGAAACAUCUGCAAAGCAAACACUUUAAAAUCCUGGCAAGGGAAGCCUCGUGUCCAGACUCUUCUCAUGUCCCCACUGCUCCGUUUGGACACAGCCGCCCUCAACACUUAAUUCCAGGAAUCUUAGCAGGCUUUGCCUGUGACCCAGGCACCUGCCAGGAGAGCCAAGAAGCCAACAGCAGGGAGUCAAAGCUGUGCUUUGCUGCGAGACGGGGUUGGACCAGUUCGUGUGCUGACAGCCAGCUGUCCACUUUCAGCAUAGGUUUUGGCUGUGAGCAUUUGCAGGGCGGGAAGGACACAGCAUCAACAAGGCAGGCUCAACUCCUGUCCUGGCCCUUGAUGUCCAUAAGCCUGGCAAAGUUUGAAUCCGAGACUGAGUAUCCUCCAGUAGGGUCCUAACGUGUAGUGGAGACUGUGAGGCUGGGAAGUGGCUCAGUCAGUAAAGUGCUUCCUGGGUCGCAUCACCAGAAUGCACAGAAAAAUGCUGGGUAUGCUGCGAUGUGGCUGUAACCCGAGCACUAGGAAGACUGAAACGGAAAGAUCCGGGCUUCCCUGCCACUCAGCGUAGCUCAAUCGGUGAGCUCGCUCGAGAAAAAUGAGAGAUCCCUAUCUCAAGGAAGGUGGACAGAGUCUCUCAGGACCACCCCCAAGGAUGGUUUAUGGCUUCCUCAUGCGCACGCUCAGCAGCUAGGGGCACUUAUUGCUUUGGCAGAUCUGGGUUCUGUUUCCAGCACCCACAUGUCGACUCACAACCAUCCAUAGGCUGGUUGUAGGGGAUCUGAUGCUCUUACGGUCUCUGUGGGCAGCAGGUACGAAUGUGGAACACAGCAUACCUGUAGCCAAAUCACUCAUGCACAUAAAAUAAAAAAUAUUUACAUCAAAAAAACCUAAAAAGAAAAAAAGAACUGGCUCCUUCUGCUUUGUGCUUGGGAACACCCUGAAGUCUGCCGAUGACAGAGGACCGCCUUGGCAUCAUCCUCUCCUUCCCUGUCCCAGAUGGUGCUCCCAGUCAAGCAGUGUGCUCUGUUCGGCGUUUGGCCAUCCUCAGCCCCAGUCUGCUGCCCCGUAUAUGUUUCCUCUUCCCAGC